UGAAUUUGCCCAAACCAAUGUUCAGAAACAGGUCCCCACUACUUCACCAGUUGGCACAAGAUGUUCGGGCGCCUUUUGUGGUGCUGGCAAUCUCCUCCGCCAAGCGCCAGCUUUUCAAUGUCAUUCAUCUUGAGCUCUCCUCCGUCUUGAUUGUGACCUGGAGGCCUUCUUGACGGCACUAUUUCUUGCGAAGAGGCGCACAUUACCGCAGCUUGUCAAUUUGGUAUCCAACUGAAACAGAAGUUGGGGCCCCUCUUACCCCAGGGCCAGAGAAGACACUCAUAGCAGCACAAUGCUGCAAUCAAGCGGGCAGGGCGACGGCCCCAGUACGAGUGGCAGCGAGCAGGCCUCUUCCUACGUGGGCCAGAUAGUGGCUCCAGGGGACAUUGUUCUGGAUCUGACGCAGGCAGGCAAACUGGUCAGGAUUGGGGGGGGCUUGCAACAGGACGGCACGUCCCUAGUUGUCACGAAAGCUGGGCGGCUGAGGCAUACCAAGCCAAGCAAGUACUGGGUGGAAGGCAGCCAAAGACGGUACGUACCGGCAGUGGAGGAUGUUGUCGUGGGCGUUGUGGUGGAGCGCUAUGCCGAGCACUUGGUCAUCGACAUUGGCGGUCCCGUGACCGCGCUGCUGCCGGCAUUGGCGUUUGAGGGUGCCACUCGACGAAACAAGCCGAACUUGAACAUUGGCGACUCUGUCUACGCCCGGGUUACAAGUACCAGCCGAGACACAGAACCGACGCUGGCGUGUCAUGACGCCAGCGGUCGGGCCGCAGGCUUUGGACCCCUCGCAAAAGGUUACCUCUUCCAGUGUAGCACGGGCCUGGCACGGACCCUUCUGAGCCGACCCACGUGCGCCGUUCUGGAAGCAUUAGGCGGCGGGCUUUCCUUCGAACUGGCCGUGGGCAUGAACGGGAAGGUCUGGGUCGACGCGGCUUCAGCAGCAAUCACUGUUCUGGUCGCCAACGCCAUCAUCAAUUCCGAGUUCUUGUCUCCAACGCAAGCGAAGAUCAUGGUAAAAAGCUUGCUGAAGCAGGUGCAACAACCGUAGUGUCCCUGUUUAGUUGUUAGUGAAACUAGCUGCGAUGACGCGUUCGGACUGAUCCGCUCCUGCUGUGUUUGAGGAAGUAUUCUUCAUCAUUCGUCAAGUAUGCUGUGUCCUUACGUCCUACCGCACUAGGGGGCCUGACGUACAUGUCACCAAGAUGCAGCUCUGGCCAGCUCCAAAAAAGACCAAUAAGACCAACAAGCACGAUUUGUGCAUACCCUUGCUCCAAACUUGAAAGCGCAGGGGAUAGAUUAGAUUUGGAGGGCCGAAAAUGUUUCGACAAUGUACAUGGUCCAGUGUAAGAUGAAGGCGUGUUGCGUUCAAUGAUCUAGCGAAUGCAGCAAGAGCGGCCGGGCGAAGAGGGGGCCAGUUAUUAGGCACAUGUAACAAUCAACCUUGUCGGUAAUCCAAACUCGGCCGAUCUUUGAGUUUGCAACAAGAGUUGAGGCCGGC